AUGUCCACUCCAAACCCUCACCUACAGGCCAUCCUCGCCAAGAAAUGGUUCGGCUUCGAUCUCGAUGACACCCUGCACGAGUUCCGCAAAGCCUCAACAAAAGCCUCAAUGACUGUAUUUGAAGCCAUUCACAAGAAGUUUGGAAUCAAUAUGGAGGCUCUCGAAGUAAAAUACCAAGAAAUCCUGCAAACAUCGACUGCAAAUGCCUUCACAGAUGGAAGAACCUCAACAGACUACCGCCGCGAAAGAUUCACACAGCUCCUAGAGGCGCAUCUCGUUGACGAUCCCAUUGAAGACACUUAUAUUAAUAAUUUAUUGGAAAUAUACCAGUCGUCAUUGCGGUCGAACUUGACCCUGAAAGCAGGGGCGCUGGGUUUGCUACAGACUCUUCGGCGACUCGGGAAGAAAGUUAUUGUCAUCACCGAAGGCCCGGCUGAUGCGCAAGAAUGGACAGCUCAAGAAUUAGGGCUUUGGUCCUAUAUUGAUAUCCUGGUGACGACGAAUGGGAUAGGGAAAUCCAAGGUUGAUGGGUUGUUUGGCGUUGUAUUUGAGAAGUACGGUAUUUCUGCGGAUGAGAUUGUUUACUUUGGUGAUAAUGAGGUUCGAGAUGUGAAAGUAGCGCAGGGAGAUGGGAUACUCGCUGUGCUUUAUGAUGAGAAGCAGAGAAGCCAGCUUGACGAUUGUGAAUCAUUGCGGAUCGACUCAUGGGAAUUCUUAGCGCUGAACUUGGAGCCAGGGGUUUGA